AUGUUCCAGGCCUCCCUGGGGGCGGGGGCGGGCGCGGGGGCGUCCAAGCGCUGCUUCUCCAUCGAGUCCCUGGUGGGCAAGGACCCCCUCCCGGCGGUGGGGGUGGGGGCGGCGACGGCGGUGGGGGGCCCCGGGGGCCUGGGCUGCUUCCAGGGGGGCUUCCCGGCCUGCCCGGGGCCCCGCCCGCCCCUCUUCGGCAGCCCCCCCGAGCUGCUCUUCGCCGAGAGCCUGGCCCCGCCCCGCCUGGCGCCCCCGCCCCACCCCCACGCCCCGCCGCCCCCCUCCGGAGCCCCCCCGGCGCCCUUCUUCGCCGCCCCGCCGCCCCCUCCCCGGCCCACCGCCGCAACAGCCGCAGACCCCCUCGGCUUCUACCCCUGGGUCCUCCGGAGCCGCUUCUUCGGGCACCGCUUCCAAGGCGGAGAGGUGUCCCAGGAGAGCCUUCUGCUCCACGGGCCUUUUGCCAGGAAGCCCAAGCGGAUCCGGACGGCCUUCUCCCCGUCGCAGCUGCUGAGGCUGGAGCGCGCCUUCGAGAAGAACCACUACGUCGUGGGGGCCGAGCGCAAGCAGCUGGCCGGCAGCCUCAGCCUCUCCGAGACCCAGGUGAAGGUCUGGUUCCAGAACCGGCGGACCAAGUAUAAGCGCCAGAAGCUGGAGGAGGAAGGCCCUGAGUCGGACCAGAAGAAGAAGGGCUCCCACCACAUCAACCGGUGGCGCAUUGCCACCAAGCAGUCCAGCGGAGAGGACAUAGACGUCACCUCUAAUGACUAGCGGAGUGAUCACGGCAGGCACACCGCUCCCCUGGAAAGGACCAUUGAGCGGGGGCAGAGACCACAGAACCUGGUCGUUGGAGGGGGGACAGAGCUGGACAGGAGCCCCCCAACUGCCAGCAUUGGGGUCCGCAGGAGGAAGGACCAUUCUGAGGGACACUAUACUGCCUCUCCGAUCUAUGGGGACAGCAGUGGAGCUGGACAGCACCUACGGAGAUGGAAGACAGUGGGGAAACCCCCAGAAAUGCCAGGACACGGACCCUUUGAGCCCUAUGAGGAGGCCCUCAAACACAUGGAUCUGCCAAGGCUUCCAUUAGAUACUCUCUCCUCCAUGUUGGGCUUGGGCCGGAUGGGUGUCCACGUUGUGAUGGUGACGAUGACUAUGUUGAAGACCCAAAAGGAAGCCCGUCCCUCUCCCGUCUUAAUUUAUUAUUUUGUGUCUAUGUGUUUCCGGUGUGUACCUCUUCCCUCUGUCGUAGAUGUGUAUGUGUGUGUGUCAAUGCGCACAAGUGUGGGCGGGUGUGUCUGUGCAAUCAUAAAGCAACCAACAGUCUCCCAUGUUGGAAAUACAUCAUCGCCUUAUUGUGGAUGCAGGGAAGGCCAGAUGCGGAGGUCCCAUCUGCACGCAUGUCGACGAUGUUCCCAAAGUCUUGCAAUCAUGCAUCUGCGCCAGCGUGCGCCCUCCUGGUUUGGCAGGGAUCGUUUGCAAGAUUACACAUCUAUGAUUGGAUUUAAAUGCUCUGCGCCACUGGGUUUGAUGCUAAUGCCUCUUGACCCAACUGAUCCUCUGCCUUCCCAGUUUCCCAGCUGCUUUUAACAUGCCCUGGUUACGUCUCUCCUUGCCCCAUGCUCCUCUUUGCGCUCAGUUUACUUCCAUUGCUGCAAAAUGAGCCCAAAGUGCCAAAAAUAACUCAUAGAAUCAUAGUUGGAAGGGUCCCCAGGACAUCAUCCAUUUAGCCAGGCAGGAAGACACAACCAAAGCACUCCUGACAGAUGGCCAUCCUGCUUUUGUUGAAAGACUCCAACAGAGUUUGAAGGUGUAUUGUCGAAGGCUUUCAUGGCUGGAAUCACUGGGUUGUUGUAGGUUUUUUAGGGCUAUAUGGCCAUGUUCUAGAGGCAUUCUCUCCUGACAUUUUGCCUGCAUC